CUGCCCUCGCUGCAGGACGGUGGUGGGCAAUAAUGGAGGUCUCCUCUCCUGUAUCUGAGGAGCCUGAAUAUGGGGACCUCACCUCACUCAGGUUCCCGCACUCAGGCUUCUCAGAAUCAACACUGAAUACCAAGGAACCUUGGAGGCAGAAGAAGACACAGAGUACACCCAUGCCUCCAAGGUCCCUAAAGGGAACUUUCAGCCUUUGCUGAGAAGAGGGACCACACCUCAUCACUGGUCUUUAACAAUGCAUCGGAGAAGGCUGAGUCUCUGCACUCAGGCUUCUCAGAUGCAAAGCUCAAGACCACGGAGCAACAGAGGAAGUGGAGGCAGAAGAAGCCACAGGGACCACCUGUGCUUGCUGGGUCUGAGAAGGCUGAGUGUGGGAACUCAUUGAAGACCACUAAGCAGGUGAGGCAAGAGUGGAGACAGAAGAAGCCUCAGGGACCAACUGUGCCUGGUGACUCCCCCCAUGGACAUCCUGUGCCCACUCGGUCCCAACAACGUGGAAAAAUCAGGAUCCCUGAGCAUCUGAGGCAGCACCUGCUACAGGCCGCCAAUGAACUGGGAGCAACUGUGCCUGCUAGGUCCCCACAGGGACCACCGGUUCCUACAAAGUCUCUACAGAGAGAACAUGUGCCUGCUUCAAAGGUGCAACAUUUAAAUACCCCUGAGCCACUAAGGCAGGAGCUACAGCAGAAGAAGCCUCAAGCCUCUUCUCACAAGGGAGCACCUGUACCCAACAAGACCCCGGAGAGGCAGAGGCUCCAGAUGCCUGAGCUGUUAAAGCAGGAGCUGCUUCAGGUGUCACCCAGAGCCUCUUCUGAGAAGGGAGCACCCAUGCCCAUAAAGACUGCAGAGAGGCAAAGGCUCAAAAUACCAGAGCCACUGAGGAAGGAACUGCUCCAGAAGCCUCAAGCCUCCCCUGCAGAGGGUAAACCCAUGUCUUCCAAGUCCCCAAAGGAAGCACCUUUACCUGACAGGAACCCUGUUCAUACGGGGGGCUCACAGGGAUCAGGAGUGCUCUCCAGUUCUCCACUGCCCACUGGGUGUCUGAAGGAAGCAGCAAUACCCACCAAAACCAUGAAGGCAGGAAAACGGAGGCUUGCUGAGCAACUGAGUAUGCCUAUCUCUUCCACUGAAGGAUUACAUAUGCCCUCCUUGACCUCAAAAGUGGCACCUGUGUAUUCUGGGACCUUACAGGGAGCCCUUGUGACCAGAAGCUCCCCACGACUGGGAGCAAACCCAAGAAUCACAGAGCAGCAGAAGCAGAAGCAGAAGCGGAGGGAGCAGUGGAGACAGCAGCAGAGACAGCAGAGAGAGCAGAAGGCAUCAGACAAUAUAGAUGUGUAUGAGCAUCCACAAAAAAUACUCUGUGUGGAAAUCGACAAGGUGCCACUGAAGCCUAAACUGCGGAAGCAGAACCAUCAAGCCCCACAGCUCAUGUCCCAGCUCACCCUGAAGAUGGACAAUGCAGGUGUGAGCUGGUCACCUCCAGAAAAAAGGGAGUGCAUGGCGAGCGAAAUCAGAGACCAACAACUGGGGCCAGGCUUAAAGCAUUUAUGUAGUAUAUUCAUAUGUUUAACAGAAUAUUUAAAUAUUUAGUAUUCAUGUGUAUUGUGUUUCAAUUGAUUUAAUAUGAUUGUAUGUAUAAUAAAAAAUAAAAUCAAAAAAUUGCAUUUAUUUAUUUAUCAAUGACAACUCACAUCUAUUAACACUUUAAGGCAAUAUAGAUUAUUUUUGGGGUGCCU